CAAGAUUUUCUCCAGAGCCGAUUGCUUCUGGCACCAGCGGCUGUGGGUGUGGCUGGGAGCCGGACCCAGGUUCAUGGCCCACCUGCCUCAAGCACCCCGGCUACUUUUUUGGGGGUCCUGUCCUGAGUUGGAGCUUCCUGGGAGCCUCUGCCUGCACUCGCCAGGGAGAGGCGAGUCGUGGAUGGCGCUCUCUGCUCCCUGCAGACCUUCACCUGGGAGUCAGCCUGACCCAUGCUGCCUGCAGUCUUGAGGGGACAAGCAUGUCGGCUUCAGCAAAAUCCCUGGCACUGGCAGAGCUGGCCCCCGGCCCCGAGGACAAGCCCAAGGGGAAGCCGCUCCUUGCCUGGGGCUCUCUCUUCGGCCCCCGCAGCGAGAAGGUUGUUUUCACCAGGAGCGAGGGAACCCCCGAGGAGAACGUGCUCACCAUAACCAUCACAGAGACCACCGUCAUCGAGUCCGACCUGGGCGUGUGGAGCUCCCGGGCUCUGCUCUACCUCACACUGUGGUUCUUCUUCAGCUUCUGUACCCUCUUCCUCAACAAGUACAUCCUGUCCUUGCUGGAAGGGGAGCCCAGCAUGCUAGGUGCUGUACAGAUGCUGUCAACUACGUUCAUUGGAUGUGUAAAAAUACUGGUUCCUUGCUGUUUAUAUCAGCACAAAACCCGGCUUUCUUAUCCACCCAAUUUCCUCAUGAUCAUGCUGUUUGUAGGUCUAAUGAGGUUUGCAACAGUGGUUUUGGGUCUGGUCAGCCUGAAAAAUGUGGCGGUUUCGUUUGCUGAGACAGUGAAGAGCUCUGCUCCCAUUUUCACUGUGAUCAUGUCCCGGAUGAUCCUGGGGGAGUACACAGGGUUGCUGGUCAACCUCUCCCUCAUCCCCGUCAUGGGAGGCCUGGCACUGUGCACGGCCACAGAGAUAAGCUUCAACGUCCUGGGGUUUUCGGCCGCGUUGUCCACCAACAUCAUGGACUGUUUGCAGAAUGUUUUUUCAAAAAAGCUCCUCAGCGGGGACAAAUACAGGUUCUCGGCUGCAGAGCUGCAGUUCUACACCAGCGCUGCGGCCGUGACCAUGCUGGUCCCCGCCUGGAUCUUCAUGGACUUGCCGGUGAUCGGCAGAAGUGGGAAGAGCUUCAGUUAUAGCCAGGAUGUCGUGUUGCUGCUGCUGAUGGAUGGCGUUCUGUUCCACCUGCAGAGCAUCACGGCCUAUGCCCUCAUGGGCAAAAUUUCCCCUGUGACGUUCAGUGUCGCUGGCACCGUGAAGCAUGCCUUGUCCAUUUGGCUCAGUGUCAUAGUGUUCGGCAACAGAGUCACCAGCCUGUCGGCUGUCGGCACCAUCCUCGUGACGGCCGGAGUCCUACUCUACAACAAAGCCAAGCAGCGUCAGCGGGAGGCCAUGCAGAGCCUGGCUACGGCCACCAGCCGGACACCAGAGGACGACACGGAGCCACUGACCCCCAAGGACCCCAGACCACACCACUGAGCUCUGGAAGCCUCGGCAGGUGCCCAGGGCCCCGGUGCUGCCCGCGGCAGCUGUCCUCGCUGACGCGGACCCCCGGGCUCCUCGGGUCAGUGGGGUGACGUGCCGCCUUCCCUGCUCCUUUGUUGGGUUUUCAGUGAAAACCACCAGGAACAGGGGUAAGCUUCCCCGGAUGGAGACCAGAGCCAGCUGCUGCUGAGCCUGUAAUGUGACAAUCCCCUCCUGCGGACCCUGUGCUGAGUGCAGGGGAGGGCAUUGGACCCACACUGGCCUCUGCACGCCCUCACCAGCACGCAGGUCGGCUGCAGUUAGGCCAGGCCCAGUUUCCCCGGGAGUGACAGCCACAGGUGCCAACGUGCGCCCCACCCACGGCACAGUGCCCGCUCAGCGUCCCGGGCCUGCACGCUCUGCCCUUCGGCCAUCGGGGGCACUGCCAUGCUGAGACAGAAGGCUGAGGCUCCCCUGCCUGGGCCGGUGGCCACAGCAGCCAAGUGACCACAGAGCUAGGAGAGAGUGGAAAGGGCACAGAAAUAAGGGUUCCUGCUGCUGAGGGCGGGCUGUUGGGCCCUCACCUUCCUGCCCUUCCACCCACGGCGUCCUCCACACCCCAGAACUGCCAGCAGCUGGUACCGCUUAGGGAAAGGCCACUGGUGGAAGGGAAGGUGCCCCACCCCUUUCAGGGUCUCUGCUGCACUAGCCGCCCCCUAUCCUGAGGAUCCCAACCCUCACCUGUGGCUGGCCUUCAGUCAGGGACCCCCGACAUGGUGAUUGCUGGUCACAGGGGUGGAGGACAGACAGACAUCUGUGGUGUUUAACUCAGGACAGGGAUAUACUGACAUUCCCUUUUGUUUUCGGGUCCCCUGUGUGUAACACUGGUUGUUCUGAAGGGUUCCCUAGAGGUGCUCCUGCCAUCACCCUGCUGGUCAGGGGCCGCACCAUACCUUGUCUCGUGGGCAAGGAUGCUAAGUGAAUGAGUGAGCAGGGGGGCACUGGGAAGAACAUUUGGCGUGUUCACAGUUUUUGUCACACUGCAUUUACAAUGACAGUGGAGUUUUUAAAGAAGGAAACAGGUGGCUUCUGGAAGGCAUCCUGUAUGACAGGUAACCCACACUGAACUCACAGCCUGGCUUGGCCUGGCUCUCGCCUCCGAGAGCAGACUGACCACCAUGCUGGGUGUCUGAGCCCUUUGCUGGGUUCAGGCUCCUGGCCUCUUCACUCUGCUCCUCAUCUCACAUCCUGGUGGAAUUUCCGAUCGGGGCACUGUCCGCUGCCAACCAGGCUAUAAGACCUCUCCGUGGCGCCAAGCUCACGCACUGGGGCGUGUCACCUGCAGCCUGACUUGGAGGACAUCGGCGGUGACAUGGCCACCUGAGGCCUGCCUGCCACAGCUGAGUGAAGUAGCCGACAGGAGGGCCUCGGGCGCUAAGGGCCCCCGCGUCUGAGUUCCCCUCCCUGUUGUUCAGGUCCUUGGCUCCCAUCAUCUCUUCACUGGUUUUCCAGUUGGCUUCUCAGCUGGAAAAUAAAAAAAUAGGCCCUCCUAGAGAUCAAAUCUCUCGGAAACAAAGAGCAAUAAUUAUGUCUCAUUAACUUCUUCCUACUUGAAAAAGUUUGCCAUGAUGAUGGGUUAAAGCAAGGCCUUUAAAACUACAACCUGUUAUCAAUGCCCACAUUUUCCACCAAAAACAAACAAAACAAAACAAAAAACUACAACCUUUUUAUGAAGCUGACUUCAAAAUUUUAUGAAGCUGCGCCCGGAGGACAGGCAGGUGUGCGUUCUACUGCAUGUCAAGGUCAGCUCCGCUGUGAAGAUGUUUAUCAUGAGAAUUACCCCACUUCUGUCCCCCUUCCUCUCUGCUUCUUCCACAAACAACAGCGAAGGGGACUCGGAGGUGGCUGGGCAGCAGGAUGUGCAUGCGUCUGUGAGGACCAGCGUGAAAGCACGGCCUCCACAGCGCCCUGCCUCCCCCCUCAAGAAUGUGGCCGCCAUGACCAGCUACUGACGGGCCGUGAGCAGAGAAGAGGACGCAGCUGUGGUCAUCUUGUUGCAAGACGGUUUCAUGUUGCCUUUCUCACGGACGUGGUCAUCUGAGCGUAGCCAGAUGGGCAGCGCCUGCUUCUGAGCCUCAUGAGGGACCAACCACCCCGCACGUCACCUGCGCCCUGUCUCCACUCAAGUGGCUUUCUGCCGAUUUUGAUUUUCCAAAUUCUUGGAUCAGAAACAAAAUGAAGAUUUUCCUAAAUUAUGAGCAAAUGAGGUAAUUUCCAACAAAGCUGCUUUUGAGACAUUUUCUCAGAACACAAGCUGUGGCCAGCACUGCGCUGGCCCAGGGCUUACGUUCCUUCUUCCAGUGUCUAGUCUCCACCCUAAAGCAUGUCCAGGACAGCCCUGCCAGGAGACAAAACCUGUGGCCUGUCUUGGCCAUUUGUUGAAUGAAUGUACAGACAUGUUUUUUAUUAACUCUGUGUAGUAGUGUUUUUACUAGUAUGUUCUUACUGAACAAUAGCAGACGUGCUUGUAUUAACGUUGACACUGGGUGUCACCACUUCCUUGGGUCAGUUCCUCCCAUGUCCAUGAUCGUUGUCUGUGCCUUUGCAAAAAAAACAAACAGGUGUCAAGUCAGGUCAUCUGCUUACCUACAUCGAUACUUAGAGAUGUAUGUAUGUCUGGCUUUUCAAGGAAACUUCCACUGAAGGGCAUAAAAAGCUUUUUUUUUUUUUUUUAAUUCCAAUAGUCAUAAUUUCCUCUAUAUCAGCAUUAAAAAAAUCUGCCCUGGAAAGCUUAGAAUAUCUUGCACAAUCCAAAAUGUGUCUUUGAGAAAAAUACACAUGGUGAAUCAGAAACAGUCACACGCUGCACAAAGAGCAUUAGCCAAGUGCAGUCGUGCCCAUAACCCACGCUGGAAAUGCUUUUCCCAGAACCAGUGGGUUCUGCCUGUGAAUGGUCACUUGGACGGGCCGGUAGGGAUGACACACGCACCGCAUGGCUUUUUACAUCUGUCUGGUGAUGUGCUUUCCCAAGGCCUGGAAGUAUUUUCACGGUUUCCCUGGGUUGGAAAAAUAAAACAAGAAUGUUACUGCAGA